ACAAUUUAAUGGGUCCGAUCCGGAGUCUGUUCAACACGACCUUUUCCUGAAGAGUAAAAUUUUCAGUUUCCGUUUUUUUUUCCUGAUCAAAUUUCACUCUGCAAAUUUGCGGUUUAAUAAGUCCAGCCUUUUUCACUACCAAAUCUAUUGCAGUAAAUGAAGCCAUAAACAAAUCCUUUCUCGUUCGUGUUAAUGGAAUACCGGUGUGUCCAAUGCGGGUUUCGGAUCAAAACCCUAUUCGUUCAAUACUCUCCGGGAAACAUUCGAUUGAUGAAAUGUGUGAACUGUAAAGCAGUUGCUGAUGAGUAUAUUGAAUGUGAGCUCAUGAUUGUUUUGAUUGAUUUAAUCUUGCACAAGCCAAAAGCUUACAGACAUGUACUUUUCAAUGUCCUCAACCAUGAAAGUACCCAUUUUCAGGGUCUAUUGUGGAAGUCAUUAGUUGGUUUUCUUGUGCUGGAUGCAUACAGAAGUUUGCUUGUCAAAAAGCCUGAGGAAGAAUGGGGCACGUCCAUGAGCAUUUCUUCGUUUUUUUGGAUAUAUCGCAAGAUGUUGGUGGAUGUAUUUCUGGGAAACUAUAUGUUUCUAUGUUCUUUUUUUCUUGCAAUCAAGAGCUUGCUUAAGACAUCAGCUCGAUUCUCCAGCUUCAGAGAUCUGCUGCUUGCAAUUUUAAUUUCAAGUUACUUCAAGAUUCUUCUCAUUGCGAUGAUGGUCUGGGAAUUUCCACCUGCAGUGAUUUAUAUCAUUGAUUUAUUUGUUUUCUCAUCUAAUACAGUGGCACUAAAAGUGAUAACCAAGUCAACUAUGAAUCGAUGUAUAGGGGCCUGCUUCAUCGCGCAUGUUGUAAGAUUUUGUAUAACACAGGCUUUUAGUUAAGACCUUGAGAUAGUUUUGAGUAUUUCUUUUUUAUUGUUCACAUGG